AUGGCCACCGACACCCCGCCGACGGACGCCGGCGAGCGUCGUCGCUCGGUUGUCCGGUCGUCCCCGGAGGUACCGUUUUCGGGGUUUUAUUCGCGCGCGAACGCGGCCGCGGAGCGACGCGCGGCCGCCGCGCGGAACGCGAUCAUCGAGUGGUCGGAUUGGACAUCGGAUUCCCAUCCAACGCGUCGGACUCGUCUUAGAACGCGUCACUACGGGUGGUUUCUACGGAAGCCACGCUACUGGGGGACCCUCCGCAGAGCCGGAGCCGUACUUGAAAUGCGCGGUGACCCAAGAUUUUCGAGAGCUACUGAUGCAUCGACUCUCAAGACGAGAUUACGCGCGUCUCAAUCCGGGUCGCUUGGCUGCGUGGGAGAUUUUUGCAGCUUUGAUGUGACCCUUAGCCGUGUCACAAAUGGGCCCAGUAUAUCCAAUCUUGGUCCGGUCCUUUCUGAAUUCCGGAAGAAAAUACUUAGUCUCGAGGGGGGCGAUGUAAACGAGAUUGGCAAUAGGUCCUCACCUCGAGCGGGUCAUGGAACAAUCGAGGUUCCGUUCCGCUGCGUUGUGCAUGCUCGGCAGGACGAAAACCUUGUGAAACUUGUAUUGAAACGGCACUGCGAUGGAGAACCCUUUCAGAAGACCGCCCUGCCCCCAGGAUUGGCUGAGGAUGCUAUCCUAGGCGAGUUUCCCGGCCGUUGUUACGGCUCUGUCCGGGUUUGUUUCGCUUGCUUUUGCGUUUACGACCUCAUAGAACGUGCGAGAAGGCCAGCCAAUGAUUUGAAGACGAAGCCACAACACCCCAAGAGGUCAUGGUCCAAUAUGUACGCAGUGGGAAAUAUACCCUCCCUCGAUAGCAUCAAUACGGCCUUAAGCCCCGAAGCUCGUGCAUACGUGCGAGCACAACAAGCUAUCUCUCAGUUAACCACAUUGGACGUAGCCGAACUUAGGAGCUAUGCCUCGCCACCACCUGCUGUCUCCCUGGUAAUGACUGCAAUGUUCGUGCUGUUGACUGGUGGUAAGAUAUUAAGCUGGAUAGAAACCCGGCAUGCGAUGGCAAAUGGUGAAGCGUUUUUGUAUGAACUCACGGUGUCGAGAGAGUUCCCGAUUGACAAAGAGCUGAGGCAGCGUCAAACUCUGACAAAAGAAGAGCGUGCCUCUCGCUUGAUCACACAGCGGCGACAAAUGGAACGAUUAGCCUCACGACCUCAAGAUAGGCUAAUGAAGGAUAAUGAAGCUUCUUUGUCUACUGCUGCCAGUGAUAGUCGAAGAGUUUUUGUUUGCUCUGAUGGUCUAACAGUACUCCCCUACGAAGUCCUUGGAAACCCCUCACUGCAACUUUUAAGCUUCAGUUUUGUCGUCGUUCAUGAUAUGUUCGAUACCCUCGAUUCCACAAAAAUAUUUUUCCAGAAAGUCGUCGACCGACACCCUGGGUGCCAGGCAGGAACUGUCUUCUCAGGACAUACAAGUGGAAUUUCAUCAAUGACACAUGCCAAACAUCUUGACGAACUAUUGCAACACAUAAACUUGUCGGGUGAAAUGCUUGUGUCUACCUGUCCUUUUCUUUUAGUUGGCAUCGGAUAUGGUUUCAAUAUUUGCACAAACUUGAGCGCAAUUGCGGGCCAUAGCGAUCUGUUUUGCCAAACUCUGAAAGGCCUCGUAGAUGCGCAGUAUGCCGCUAUAUUACAUGCGGCACUUGGGGCGUUCGAUAAGUUCCCGAACGACCGCCCAGACUUGCCAAUUUCGUACCUUUCACGUUUUCUGUUUAGCGACGCCUACCUUGCACGUGUUCACCCGCAACUUGCAUUGAAUAUUUAUACUGCAGUCGCCAACCCGAUCACACUUCAUGGUCGCAAAGCUCUUGUGCGAGGCGCCUUACAAAGUCCGGCAUGCAUAGGAGCCAUAUCUUCGCUUCCUCUGCCAAUCUUUGCUUUGCAAUCUACAGAAAAUAUUUUUGUCCUGCCCUCUAAUGUCGAAUCUCUGUUACACGGUCGAAGCGUUCAUCAUUUGUGGUCGCACGAGAUCCAACCAGGCACACGACAGCAACAUUUCCAGCUGGGCCCUCACGGCCGUGGUAUAAUACAGGGCAUCCUCCAAGGACAGAGAGAUGAGCAAACGAAGGUGGCUUGCGUUGUGUGGGUUCGUUCAGGACAUGAAAUUAGACAGGAAGCGGCGUCAGUUGUGGCGGACAUCUUUGGUGAGCUUGCUCAGCCUAUCGAAGAUGGCGUCAAUGACAUCAAUUACCGCUCAGUCCACCAGGACAUCAACAUUACACAGACCUCCCGCCUCAAUUCAAUAGUCCCCCGCGCCGCAGAGGAAGAAAAAUUAUCCCUAGGAUCACAGAACGCAUCGUGUGGAAUAGAGUUUGCUGACCAAAUUCCUUACUGGAAGGCUUCCAACGCUACAGAAAAUGAGAAUGUUGCCAUGAACCCAUUAUCUGGAGAGGUUGGCUGGCCUUCGCCUGUAGACUACGGGGCAAUAGUGGACUCAGUCUCGGACUUAAGAGUAGCAGGCGUUAAUGAUACUGAGGAGGAAUAUAACGUGAACAAUUCCCCCUGUCGAAGUUAUGAGCCUCCUGUGGAUGAUACAGUUGAUAAGUCGGACGUACAAAACGAACACAGCAAAGGCGGAUACAUAAACACAUUCAGGAUGUUUAUUCCGGGUCUUGCCUUGCACGAUUUUACAAUCAGGAAGCGCUCUUUGUUUUGCAGGAACCUAGCAGUUUGUCUGGCCGAUACAACAAGCGUGUCAAUCACAGCAAAUCGUAUUUCGGUCAGUGGCAUACUCGCCGGUUCAUUAUUCCUGAACAUCAAUGUUAGUCGCAUGCAGAUGGAGCAAAUUGGAGACCCCCCCCCUGCCUUUCCACGCAUCCCUUCCAUCUGGGGUGCCCAUGUAAUUUCUCGAGUGCCUCACAACAGCAGCAUCUCAAAUGUUGAGGACCCAGACGGCACUGCGUCCGCAUCGUGUGGCGCGGAGGAAUCCAGAGCUGAGGAUUUCUUCUAUCAGCGAGAUAUUCCAGACGAGCUAGUGUCGACUGAUGCACAAAGAUGCGCGGGGCGAUACAGCGACCAGGUUGACACUGCAGACCAAGCUAUUGCAGAGCGACAAUCCAUUGAUGUGGGCGUGGAGCUCUCUAUAUCAGAUGAGGCUAUUGAAACACUAGUAGAGGAGCGACAGCUCAAGGAAAUGCAGCGUCAAGUAGAUGUUGAUGCCACCGAGGCUGAGCUCGUAAGACAUGAACUUAUUCAUGGCUACGAACCUCCGUCCGGCACUGAAGUGCCUUUGUUCUUUCCCGCUCCUUCCGAAUACAAAGAUCGUGAGAUGCCAGCGGCGAUUCUGAGUCGUCACGAUCCGGAUAAGCUGUUUUCCGAGGCUUUACAAGCUGAAACUCCCAGUAGCGUGGUCUUAAGUUCAGAGGGAGUGGACGAGCGCAUCAAAGCAGAGUUUCUUUCUCCGCAGUUGCUGCGUGAAUCAGCACUUUCGUGCCUUGGCACGGCCGUGAGAGACAAUGCUUACUUUGCUGCAAAAUAA